CGGCAGCACCUCACAACAUCAUGUUGUGGCUGGGCUGAGCCAUCACUACACCAGGCCAGCUUCUAAGUCUAUCAACGUGGCUAGCAAGGUGGGAUGGAGAUGGGGCAGACGAAGAGUUGAUGGCACUUACUCACAAAGCGAUGGAGGCCUCAGCAUGACAACGACGACUAGAAGGAAUACGCUAAAGCAAAUACGGGCAUCAACUACAUCAAUCGACGCAUAUCAAAGCCUCAUCGUCCUACGAUGCCGCGACGAUUCAACAGAAGUAGUCCUAAGCCGCCGGCUCCGCCGCUGAAAGACACAAAGGCGACAGAUAUGCGCCUGCGGGGGAAGCCACCUCCAAAUAUCGGGCCAUCGAACCCAGUUCCCGAGGAUCUUGAGUCUGCCAUCAUCAAGAACUGGAAGCUACCUUCAUCAAAUAUCAACACCUGCAUUCCACCGGAGCUUUGGCCUUACAAUGAGUCAGAUCCGAAGAAAUGGCACAUCGAUAUCGUUUAUCUCUUACACAAAGCAUCCACUAUAGAUCUGGAAAAGAAGGGCAAGAUAGUUGGCUCAAACAACGAGCAUUUUCGAUCCAGUAUGGGCCACGAAAUUCAACUCCGCCAGCUGAGAAACAGGUCAGCUGCAGGCAAGAAAUCCUGGAUGACUGCAACAGAUCUGAAGAAAGUGAUCAAGCACCUGCAUUUCAUGGCUGAGAACGAAGAGGACAAUCGAGCGGAGGAGCCGGAGAAGGUAGCACAGAAAAGGGUUGAAGGCGAAGGGACGCGCAUUACCCUACGUGGCGGAUCCAACAACGCCACAGACACGAAAUAUGGACCUAUCGACACAAAUGGAAUAGACACGAGUCAGCAAGAGAAGGUGAAACGCGCAACACGUGGCCGAGGUAGAUCGAAGAAGAAGGAUCUCAAUCAACAGGACGAAGUCAAGCCAGGCACAAAGCGCCAAGCAUCCGAUCUUCCCAUCCGCCCAGCCCGCAAGCUGCGCGGCGUCAGGUCACCAAAAAUCAAGCCCGCUGCUCCACCACCAGUAACGCCCGCAAAUCCGCCAGAACCAGACGACUCUAACGAAGAAGAGGACGACCAAGAGAACGAGCCCCCUGAGCCCGUCAGCGGUCGCCACAUCUACGGCGACUUUAUCAAGCCGACAACCAUCGACUUUAUCGCCGGUGCCGACGGCGAAAUCCCAGCACAAGCCAAAACUCGUCAAACGCGCAAGCGUGGGCGUGCCGAUAAUGAGAAACCGCCGACGGAGGAGCAGAUUGACAGCGAUCCGCGAGACAUUGACGCCACAGGUUUUCUAUCAGAGCUUGAUCCGAAAGAAGCACGACGACGAAGGAAACCGAGGUUGAGUCGGCUUCAAGACCAUGUAGUCCUGGAACCCGCGUGGUCGCAAGACGCACCUCCGCCGGAGACACCACUCUUGACACCAGCCACAGACGGGCCUAUCUCAGGCACGCCGGCUGCGCCUGUGCAAGGAAUGAAUUCGAGUCCUUCAGGAGGUGUGAAUAGUGAGGAGACCACGAGUCUAGGGAUCAAGAUGUUACUGGACUUAUUGCCGGGAAUACCGGACAUUGCAACGAGUGAAGAAAGGAGCAUGUUGGAGGAUCAGGUUGCACUGAUACAUAAGGAUAUUGUUGCGUACAAGACGAGUGUGAUGGAGAUCAAUGAGAAAUCCAAGAGAUAGCUAUGUGUACAACGCCCAUCUGGCCAUUUUAGACAACACAGGGAAACGAACCGAUCACGUUCAAGUCCUCCAAAUCGUGAUAAGGCAAGGUGUAAAGCCAGAGAUCGUUACAAGAGUCAGUCGACAUUUUAUGUUUCAUCACAUAUCGCCGUUCAAUCGAAUGCAGUUGUCGAACAGAGUUUGCG